CAGUUGCCUACGGGACGUAGCUGUAGACGCUACGCGCUCGGCUACGUCGUAGCGAUUUGAAUAUACGACUUUUACCGGUUUGUGACUAAAAAUACGCGGUUAAGUGACAUAAAGUAGUGCUUAUUUGUCGUUUUAUAGAACCUACUUUGAUUCACUCUAUAUUUAUAUAGAAUUUGGAAGAUAGAAAGAAAUACCCAAGUAGAGUAAUUUGACUAACUUAAUUUUUAAGCUUAAUUUUGAAGGGUACUAUCAUUGUUUGAAUUCAUAAUAAGUAUUGAUUUACCCGUAGUUAAGCAAAGUCCAAAGAACGAUAAAAGCUGAUCAAACAAAUUAAGCCGCAAAAUUGCUCAAUUCUGAACAGAGAACCGAUUAAGUAAAUGUGCUUUGGCGAUGAAGCGAAAAUUUACAAAAUAAUGCGCGUUGAUGCGAAAAUUAUUCACCAAUCUGUUUUAGGUGAUAUUUAAAAUAAAAACUAAAGUGGUUAGUCGAUGAAAGUAAAUUAAACUGGUUGAAUCGCACUAAAAUGAAAGUAAAAAUGUGCUCGUUGAGAGUUUUAAGUAUUGUAUCACUCUUUGUGGCUGAUGUGUGGACCGGAACCUUACAACAUAAAGAUUCAUUGCCGAGAAAAUGUCACCACUGUGUUCACAGCGCCACGUCGAAUUGUGAGCUCACUGCAGCACCGGUCUUAUGCCCAGUUGGGGAGCCAUACUGUGCCACAAUAGCUAGGACGCCUAAUUUUACAUCAUCCCUAACGUGCGCAGCUGCAAAGGAAUCACCAUGUCUAUUAAGCUUUAAUUCAAAACUGGAAUUGGAGAUGAAUUGCAUAUGCAGCGAACACCUCUGCAACGUGCCCUACUCGUCGCAGCUACGGAAUGAGCUACUCAAUUUUUCAGCGAAAAUUCCUCGCAACGCCACGGGGCUCACUGAAAUGUUUCUAAAAUCCUCAGUUUUUGUGAACGUGACUAAAGCGGAGUUGUAUAAAGUGAUAACUAAAGUGAGCGAGGCGACGGAACGGCCGACAAUGUUUUCCUCCCAAUCAACGACGAUUGCUUUAGUAUCGAUUGGUGUUUCGGAGAUUGGGCCGCGUGCAGAAGCUCUGAAACAUGAAGCCACCGUUCCACCUGAUGACGACGAAGAUGAAGGGGAAGGAAGUGGCUCAUUCGAGGAGGCCAGAACACACGCCGCGCCCGCCGCGCCCAGCUCUUACCUUCCAGCGGAAGAAAACAAAUCCACAGCCAUAGUCUUAAAUUUAUACCUACUCUUAUCUUCAAUUUUUUAUUUCCACGCGAUACUGUAAUAUUAUAUUGACGUGAAAUUCCUUUUCAUAGAGAAUUUACGAUAGUGUUGACUUUUAAAGUAUGUACAUAUUAUACUUAAUUAUGGGAACAAAAGUCCGUGUUUCAAACAUUCCAAAUCCAUUUAGGACUCAUAAAAAUAAUUGCCAAAAUAUAUGUUACCAAGUAAGUGUCAAUAAUAAUUUUAAAUUAAUGAUGAGCCGUUUUUGGUAAGUUUAAAAUGAAAAGUAGGUAUAAUAAUGUAAAAUAGCUUAGGUAUUCAUCUUUGUCCCAACAUCGCUCAUCUUCAUUGUCAUUAAACUUAUGUUAAAAACCUACUGAGAAAUGUCUCAAAAUGUUUUUUUUUAGUACACUUUAAACUCUGCGAUUUUGUUCUUAAAGAAUUUUAGAUAAAAGCUGUUUCAAUGGUUUACCUACUUUAAAUAUAAUUUGCUUUUUUCAUAAAAUGAAAAUGUAGUUAGGUAAUCUUACCAGCCAUCGCAAUAAAUUGCAAUGACUUAUUUAUCUGAAACAACUAAGGAUAUUGAUCUUUUCAUGAUAUUCAAUUAAAUUACUUAAUUGCUUAGAUAGGUCUUCAUAUCCAAUGAAAUGUUUU